CGGCAACGAAACAGGAAGUUGUCGCUCAGCGCUGUCAUUCGUGGAAAGCUUCAAGCUAGCAAGCAAGUUGUUUGAGUGAAGAAAUACUUGCUGGAGCUGUAUGAGAAAUGAGUAUCCCGGACUACAUGCAGUGUGCUGAGGACCACCAGACUGUCCUGGUGGUGGUCCAGCCCGUGGGCAUUGUCCCGGAGGACCAGUUCUUUCGCAUCUACAAGCGCAUUGCCAGCGUCAACCAGGUCAGCAUUCGCGACUCCCAGAGGCUCCUGUACAUCCGCUACCGGCAUCACUACCCGCCGGAGAAUAACGAGUGGGGGGACUUCCAGACGCAUCGCAAAGUGGUGGGCCUCAUCGCCGUGACGACUUGCGGCUCAGCCAAGGAGUGGCCACAGACGGCAGACCGAUUCCACGGGCUGAAGGAGGUGUUCGGCUCCACGCUGUACGACUCGCGCCUGCUGGUGUUUGGCCUGCAGGGGGAGAUUGCCGAGCAGAACCGCACCGACGUGGCCUUCUACCCCAGCUACGACCAGUGCGAGGAUGUGGAGAAGAGGGUGGAGGACUUUGUGGAGUCCAUCUUCAUCGUGCUGGAGUCCAAGAGGUUGGACAGGGCCACAGACAAGUCUGGGGAUAAGAUCCCCUUGCUUUGUGUCCCCUUUGAAAAGAAGGAUUUUGUGGGUCUGGAUACUGAUAGCAGGCACUAUAAGAAGCGCUGCCAGGGGCGCAUGCGGAAGCACGUGGGGGACCUCUGUCUGCAGGCGGGCAUGCUGCAGGACGCCCUGGUGCACUACCACAUGGCCGUGGAGCUGCUGCGCUCUGUCAACGACUUCCUCUGGCUCGGAGCUGCUCUGGAGGGCCUGUGUUCUGCCUCCGUGAUUUUCCAUUACCCAGGAGGCACUGGGGGCAAGUCUGGCGGCCGCAAACCCAGCAUCUCCCAAGCGGCGGAUUCAGGGAAGAGGCACCGUCCAGGGGCGCAGGAAGUUCUCAUUGAUCCAGGCGCCCUCACCGCCAACGGGAUCAGCGCUGACACCAGCAGUGAGAUCGGACGAGCCAAGAACUGCCUGAGCCCGGAAGACAUCAUCGAGAAGUACAAGGAGGCCAUCUCCUACUAUGGAAAGUACAAGAACGCGGGUGUGAUCGAGCUGGAGGCCUGCGUGAAGGCGGUCCGGGUGCUGGCCAUCCAGAAGCGUGCCAUGGAGGCCUCAGAGUUCCUGCAGAACGCCGUCUACAUCAACCUGGGCCAGCUAUCCGAAGAGGAGAAGAUCCAGCGCUACAGUGUCCUGUCCGAGCUCUACGACCUCAUUGGCUUCCACCGCAAGUCUGCGUUCUUCAAGCGCGUGGCGGCCAUGCAGUGUGUGGCCCCUACCAUCCCCGAGCCUGGCUGGAGGGCUUGCUACAAGCUCCUGCUGGAGACUCUGCCCGGCUACAGCCUGUCCCUCGACCCCAAAGACUUCUACAAAGGUACCCACCGAGGCUGGGCGGCGGUGCAGAUGCGGCUCCUCCACGAGCUGGUGUAUGCGUCACGGCGCAUGGGCAACCCCGCCCUGUCCGUCCGACACCUGUCCUUCCUCCUGCAGACCAUGCUGGACUUCCUGUCAGAUCAAGAGAAGAAGGAGGUGACCCAGAGCCUGGAGAACUACACGUCCAAGUGCCCCGGGGGCAUGGAGGUCAUUGCCCUGCCCGACGGUCUCAAGCUGCCUCCAGUCCCUUUCACCAAGCUGCCCAUCGUUAGGUCGGUCAAGCUCCUCAACCUGCCUGUCAUCCUGCGACCACACAAGCUGAAGGGGCUUCUGGGACAGAACAUGGCCACCAAGAGCCCCUUCAUCUAUUCGCCCAUCAUCAUGCAUAAUCGCGGGGAGGAACGCGGUAAGAAGAUCGAAUUCCAGUGGGUGCAAGGUGACGUGUGUGAGGUGCAGCUGAUGGUUUACAACCCCAUGCCCUUUGAACUUCGUGUGGAGAACAUGGGUCUGCUGACAUCAGGGGUGGAGUUUGAAUCCCUGCCUGCUGCCCUCUCCCUGCCCGCCGAGUCCGGCCUCUAUCCCGUCACCCUGGUGGGUGUCCCGCGCACCGCCGGCAACAUCACGGUCACCGGGUACCACACCUCGGUGUUUGGGGUGAACAGCGACUGCCUGCUGGAGAGCCUGCCGGGAGUGAAGACGGGAGGCUGUGCUGUGGAGGUGGUGCCUGCCCUGCCACGUCUUCAACUUAGCACCUCGCUCCCACGGUCAGCGAACGCACUGCAGCCUCCCUCUGGGGAAGAACUUUCUAGCAGCGUGUCCGUCCAGCUGUUCAAUGGUGAGACGCAGGAGCUGGUCAUCUCCCUGGAGAACAUCGGCACCGAGCUUCUGGAGACCCUGGAGGUCACCUCCAAGACUGUCAACACCAAAGAGAAGCUGUAUGGGGAGUUCCUGAGCUGGGACCUGGAUGAAGCACUGUCCCACUUCCCCCUGAAGCCCGGCCAGGUGGUCACACUCACCGUCAGCAUCAGAGUCAAACUGGACUUCUCCGGCCAGGAGAACCUGCUGCAGGACCUCAAUGAUGAUGGGAUAAGUGUGACAGGCCUGCCGAUCUCCAGCCCCCUGAGACAGGUCCUGAAGCCCCGCACAGAGAGCAAGACUGUCAGCGAAUCCGGCAAGACCGAGUAUAACCACGUCAAGAUGUUGGAGGCCAUCCUAAACUUCCGCUACUCCGGCGGGGCGGGCCAUGCGGAGGGCUACUACAGGGAGGUGUCUCUGGGCGUGCACCUAGACGUGGAGCCCUCGGUGCUGUUCACCCGCGUCAGCACGCUCCCGGCCACCAGUACCCGCCAGUGCCACCUGCUGCUGGACGUGUUCAACUCCACUGAACAUGAGCUCACCGUCAGUGCCAAGAACAACCAGGACCUAGUGCUGCACGGCAGCGAGUGCCAGAGGAUGGCCAUCCAGGUGGACAAGUUUGACUUUGAGAAUAUUCCGGAACCGGACGAGGAAAGGGUGCGCUUCACCAACCCUAAGCAACUGGAGGAGGAGCGUCAGCAAGCGCAAGGCUGUGAGAUCAACAGCAAGCUGGGCAUCUGCUGGCAAAUCCCGUCUCUACGGCGCCGGGGCGAGGCCAGUGUGGAGGGGGUGCUGAACCAGCUGGUCCUGGAGCAUCUGCAGCUGGCACCUCUGCAGUGGGACGUGGUGGUGAACGGGAAGCCGUGUGACUGCGACAUCAUCGCAGACUGCAAGGUGGGAGACAUGGUGCCUCUGGAGGUCAAGCUGACGAAUCGCAGCAAGAACGCCGUGGGCCCUUUUGCUCUUACCAUAAUCCCCUUCCAGGACUACCAGAAUGGGGUUCACAAUUACGACCUGCAAGACGCAGUGACCUUCAUCGGUUCCAACACCUUCUACAUUGAAACGGUCAACCCCACGGAAAACUCUAUCUGUGUCGGCGCUCUCCUUUUCCUCUACACCGGAGAUUUCUACCUGAACAUCAAGUUCCAGGAUGAUAACUCCAGCCGCGAGCUGCCCUUGGCUUGGUUUUGUUUGCCGAGUGUCCACAUUAAGGCUCAAGACCCUGCCCUUGAAAUGGCUGCCUAAAAGCCUCCCUGUGUUUUCUAGGGACCACUCCCCCGCCCCGGGAAACCUGCUUUGAUUUUAAUAUGAGGGGAGCUCUAAGCAGGUGACUUGGAUCCUCUCUUUAAUGACUUGUGCAUCAGGAAUUUGUACAUUAAUAGAUUCUGUAACCUGCCAUGUUUAUGUGUACAGCACAAUGUUGCAGACCAUUUAGUGGCACGCAACAAGAUAUUUUGGGUCACUUGAGCUCUUUAAAGAUAAUUCAGUCCCAGGACAAAGGUGAUCUGAGAAUGUGGUUCUGCUACACAAUGAGGGGUUUGGGUCAAACAUCAUCCGGGGUUAAAAUGAUAUAUUUUACAUUUGCACUGUAUUCUUGUCAAAAAUAUGUCUGUGAUAUUUCUGUCUGAAAAUAAGUCUUAUUACACAGCAGUUAUCCCUGUUCACUGUCGUGUCCCUAAAGGGACAUAUGGGCUAAUUACAGAGAGAGAAAGCUGAACUCAACAAAAUGGUCUCUUUGAUAUUACGUUGUGAGUCUUCUCUGAAUACUUAGGAUUUUUCUUGGGAAGUUUUGUCAAAGAAAAGCUCCCCACCUACCCACCCCAAUUUUAUUUAAUUUUCUUGAGAUUGUGCUGCUUUUAUGCAAAUAGUCUUAUAGGCAUGUGCACCCACAUGCAGUAACCUUACAGCAGAUAGCAUCAAGAUUCUGCACACUGCACACUAGAUUGCAUUUUCAUUGGUUUCCCUCCAAUAACGGUCAGUGCCCUCUGAUACCUGUACAGAGGCACAGUAGUGUAUGAAUCGUACAAAAUAUGAACUGUUAUUGAAGAUAUAUGAAAUUCACUUUCAGUGUACAGCAAUUGGCAGAUAUUGGUAAUCGAACUGUGUUGCAUUUGCUUGCAUGCUCGUGAGUAGCUUGUUUCAAGAUGAGGCAGGCACAUUUAUACUACUGAGGUUUUGCAUUUAUUUGAUCCCAUUCAAAAUUUGAUAUCAGUAAUAUAUAGUCCUUUGUGUAUGCUAAGUCAUGUAAAUAAUAAAUGUUGAAUUGGUGAACUAUUACCAGAAGUGUA